UCUAGAAAUAUAUCUUAUAAGUUUUAACUAAAUCGUAUCAUAACAUAGUAUGUUUCACUAUAAGAAAUAUAAUGUGUCAAGUUGUGAACAUCAAAAUUUCGGAAUGCAGUUGACCAAUGAUGUCAAGUACAAAGAAUACGAAUUUACUCACCCACAUUGUAUUCAAGUGUAAUAACUAUUGAUAUUUGAUCUCUUUCGAAAAUAUUGCUAGUCUUUUUUAUAAAAAAUUUACAUUACAUGUGGUAUACAAAAAAAUUCUUCAAUUAUUAGUUAUAAAAUGUGAUGAGUACUAAUUUUUUUGCGAUCUUUGCGCAGGAAAAAAACAACGACAAUCAUGUUUCAUUGUAUGAACAUGACAAAGUAAAGAGUCAACUGAGAGAAUUUAAAGGGACUAUAAAGUCUUUGGAACAGCAGCUGGAGGCAAAAAAAUAAAAAAAUUGCCCACUCCGAGCUUCAUUAAACAAAAUAGUUGCAGAUAAUAAAAUAACAUCAAUCGUAUUGAUAUAAUUAUAUCUAUUCACAUCUUUUCAGAUAAAACCAAUUUUAUAAGCCUUCUUUAAUAAUAGAGGUUAUCAAUAUUAUUUUACAGAAUCGUUCAAAAAAUACAAAAAUAAUGCACAACUUCCGAAUACAUCAGCUUUUCCACCAAUCGGCUUUGAAAACACUGAAUACUCAACAGUCCACAUUGGACAUGAUAUAUGGAUUGACGCAGACACAUUUUACAUGGUGAUGGGACAUUCCUCUCCAACUAUUGUCAUUAGAGAUUUAUGUAGAGCUUUAUUUUCGACAUCCUUACCGCUGAGGAGCACGGUUUUAGGAAACCCGACUAAUAAAAAAAAAAAGAAAAAAUUAAAUUAAUGAACCUGUCCAAGGAUUAUCAUCGAUCAGACUACAUGCAAUAAGAGAUACAUUGGAAUAUUAUUUAAAUAAACGCCAUAAGGACAUGUCACAAUUUAAAAAAGAUGCUGUCUUGGGAAACGUAAGAACUGUAAUUUCAUCUCUCAUAUCGGAUUCGAAAAAAGAAGAAAAGAAAAAUAAAAUAACUGAAGAACAAGAAAGUACGGCUGGAGAAAAUAAAAAAAAUACAGGAAAAAAUAUAGUAGAUAAAGAGAAUAAGGUAGAAGAAAAAAACAUAGUAAAAGAAGAAAAUAUAGUCGAAGAGAAAAAUAGAGUCAAAGGGAAAGAUAUAGUCGAAGAAGGAGAAGAACCUAUCGGAAAAAUGCACAGAAAUGACAUAGAGAAGUAUCACGAUAAUGAAGAAACAGAUAUGAGGAAUAAUAAUGAUGCAGAAAAUGACGCGAAUGAAGAAGAUGAAAAUCACUGUACGAACACAGACACCGAAGACGAGAAAGAAGAAGAAUAACAGAUAUUUCAAUAUUUUCAAAAAGUAAUUAAAAAAAAUUUUGAGAAUAAAUUGUUAUCCAUUAAGGUUCUAACAGUAUUGAAUAAAAAGUAGAGAAGUUCUGUAAAAAAA